AGGGAGGGUUCCGGAGGGCAUGCGGCUACCAGAAUCCCUGUCCAGAUGAGCAGGCCAGUGUGGAGGCAGGGAGUGUACAGGAGGGAGGACGCAGGGUUGCAUGGCUUCCGCAGUUCCUGUUCAGGACAUGCAGAGGCCUGGCAGGCACGGGUUGCGGGUCGGUGGUCACGGUGAACCUCUUAUGGAGGUCCGUGCGGUGCCAAGCCCAGUAGUUUGAGGUGGCUAUGAGCUAUGAUGCUACAGAGUCUACCCAGGGCAACAGCCUGAGGCUCCAAUGUACCAAAACCAGUCUCACUCUGCCCCUGAGGGUUAAGGCUGUAAGGCAGCUCAGUCCCCACCUUUAGGCUGCUCAGUCACUAAGUUACUAGCUCCUGCCUUAUCCUUGCUCUGGGACCCUGAGGGCGGAGCUUGCCGGGGCAGUUCUCUCACAAUGGAUCCCUGCAGCCCACAGCCGAAUUCUAUUAGCUUCAUCCGGCUCAUCGGUUCAGUCUGGGGCCCUAGACAAUGCCCAACAUUCUCCGCACUCCUGCUCAAGCUCUUCUCAAGGCAGUUCAACUGAGUGCCAAGUCCAAAAACAUCGAAACAGUUCACAGAGAAGCUCUCCAGAUUCCCAGCCAGCCAUGUGAUGAGGUCAAGGCCCUGAUCAGGCGGUAGAGCAGCCUUCCGAGAGCUCCUUCUAUCUGUUUUGACCAGAUUUGCACCAGCCCCAAGCUGGAGAGAUGGUGUCACAGUCUACGAGCUGGCAGGAUUCUUCUGUGGAUCCCUGGGAAAGGAUCAGCAAUGAUUCCAGCAACAUUCACAGUUUGCCCAGCCUCCUGGAGCCUCACCAGCCCCCAUGUCCACUAGACAUCCGGUUCAUAAGAAACAAAGCUGCCUGGAUUAACCCUCAGUGUUUACAGCAAGAGCUGCAGGAUUUGGCCCCCCAGGUGCCAGCAAUGGGGAACAUUGUCUCUUCCUCAGGCCCUCCACCUCCAUCCCUUGGGGACUCCCUGACAGAGACCUCAUUGUCUGAGCACACUGUGGACUCCCCUGGCAGCGCCUGUGCCCACAGAGGAGGUAAAAAGCUCAGUGACCUCUCUUUGACCUCCACUGAAGAACAGCUGGUGCUCCCAGGACGCUUUCACUCAAGGUCUCUGCCCACAAGUGCUAAGAUUUUGGCCCUAUCCCCGUGUCCUAGAGCUGACCGUGCCUUUUUUGGCCCUUCCCACCUGACAGCUUCUGCUGAUAAAGAUGCUGUUCAAGUCAGAGGAAGAACCAUUUCUUUGAAUUCCUUCUCACCAGAAGCUUUAGAGGUACCUGUUGAUGUAGAAAAGGAAAACGCCCACUUUUAUGUUGCAGAUAUGAUUAUAUCAACAAUGGAGAAAAUAAAGUGUAACAUCCUGAGCGAACAGCAGGCAGAAGGCUGGAGACAAGAAGGCACCAGUGGGUCACUUGGUAUUGUUCAAGCUGACUCUGAAGUGACCUCUGAUACCAACAUAAAGCAAGAAUCCGUGUCUGCUACUUCUUCAGACAGUGGUUAUGAAGGUUGUGCUGUGUUACAGGUCAGCCCGGUGGCCAAAACACCUACUUACAAUGAAACGGUGAAAGAGACCUGCAAAUGUGACUUUGAAGAAUUUGUUAUUUUAGAAGUUGGAGAGUUUAAUGAUAUCACAGAAACCUGUGGGUGUUCCUGCAGCUCCCCUAAGAGUGUCACGUAUGACCCAGAUUUCAAUUCGGCUGAGCUGUUAGCCAGAGAGCUGUACCGAGUUUUCCGCAAGUGUUGGAUGUUGUCAGUAAUUAAUUAUCAGCUGGCAGGUUCUCUGAAUGCAGCUGGCUCAGUAGUUGUAGAUGAAGAGCGUGUCCAAGAAGACUUUGAAUCCAGCAUGAGCAUGGUACAGGAUAUUAAAUUUAAGUCUAGGAUCAGAGGGACUGAAGAAUGGGCCCCUCCAAGAUUUCAAAUUAUAUUUAAUAUUCAUCCACCACUAAAGAGGGACGUCGUGGUGGCAGCCCAGAAUUUUUUCUGUGCCGGUUGCGGAACUCCAAUAGAGCCUAAGUUUGUGAAGCGGCUCCGGUAUUGCCAGUACCUGGGGAAGUACUUCUGUGACUGCUGUCACUCGUAUGCAGAGUCCUGCAUCCCCUCCCGGAUUCUGAUGAUGUGGGAUUUCAGGAAGUACCACGUCAGCAAUUUCUCCAAAAGGUUGCUUGACAGCAUAUGGCACCAGCCCAUUUUCAAUUUGCUGAGAAUCAGCCAAAGCCUCUAUGAGAAAGCCAAGGAGCUGGAUAGAGUGAAGGACAUCCAGGAGCAGCUUUUUCAUGUCAAGAAGCUGCUGAAGACCUGCAGGUUUGCUGACAGCACACUGAAGGAGUUUGAGCAGGUCCCAAGACACUUGACUGACCAGCGCCACCUGUUCUCCCUGGAGGACCUAGUCAGGAUCAAGAAGGGGCUCGUGGCACCCUUGCUCAAGAACAUUCUGAAAGUUUCCCUCCUGCAUGUGGCCAGCUGUGAGCUGUGUCAAGGAAAGGGCUUUAUCUGUGAAUUUUGCCAGAACUCGACUGUCAUCUUCCCAUUUCAGACUGCAACGUGCAGAAGAUGUUCAGAGUGUGGGACUUGCUUUCACAAGCAGUGUUUCCAGUCCUCCAGGUGCCCCCGGUGUGCCAGGAUGUCAGCUCGGAGAAGACUUUUGGAAAGUUUGCCCUCUGCAGCGACUUGAUGCUUCUGAGCACUGUGAAAAAGACUUGUCAGCAUGCCUUAAGAUAACACC